CAGGACCUGUCUGUAGUGUCUGUAGUAUACCUGUAGUGUCAGGUUCUAGGUCAUCGUCGAUUCCGUCUCUUCCACUAGGACCUGUCAGACCGGUAGAGAGAUAGAUGGAGAGAUGGAUGAAUGGAUGGAUAGGAUGGAUACUACUAGUGACAGUAGUCGGACCCGACUGACGGGUGUCGCGACUUGCUAGCGAGGUCCGCGGAAGUACCCAGUCGAUCGCGAUGCGAUGAAGCCGCAGCGAGCGAAACCACUUCAAUUAUCAGCCAUACUACUACUACUACUAGUAGUAGUAGUAGUGGCCGCGUUGGCGGCUGUCCCUUUCUUUCCUUCAACGGCCACUCAUCUUCUUCGCUUCCUCUUCGGUGCUGGAGACUUGUCUUUGGGAUCUCCUGGGCUACCAUUUUUGUUUUUACAUACUUUAAUAAAUUUAUUUCAGUUUCAUUUAUUUUUUCGGGGUUCAUAUUUGUUUUUUCCCCUAUUCGUCUUGUUUCUUUUUUUUUUCUUGUUCUUCGCGUCCUCUCAUUCCUUCCCCAGUCACCCAGUGGCUCCUCCGUCCUGCAGGAUAAUCACCACCAUCAGCAUUUAUCUUUCCGCCUGCUCAGCUCCCUUGGGAAGUAGGAUGGACAUGGACGAUGAAGCAUCUCCUCGGAGCCUCGCCCCAUGGCACGCGAACAGCAGCAGCAUCAGCAGCAUCAGCACCGCAGCCGGAGCUUGACUGGAAGGGGAGGAGAAGAGGGGGCGGAUGAAUGAGUGAAUGAGUGAAUGACUGAGUGAAUGAUUGAAUGAUUGAAUGAUUGAAUCAAGACAGCGCCCGCCCAGCAGUCUCCUUCCGCCAUCCUUGGACAAGUAAUCCGUCAGGCCGCUUGGGUUGGUCAGGACGGAGGAAGUCGCUCGUCU